UUUUUUUUUUUUUUUUUUUUUUUUUGUUUUUUACUAUAUAGAUACUAUAUAGAUACACAUUAUUCAAUAAAAAUUAAAAUAUAUAUGAAAAAAGUAUAUAUAUAGAAUGUACAGUAUUGUACUGUAUUGACAUUCAGGCUGUCGGUUGAUAGUCAGUUGUUAAGAGAGACAUAAUGUAAUGACAGUAAUAUAAUUUAUGACAGUCCGGUGUGAGAUAAAAGAGUAAUAAAGUGCAGGGCUGAUGUAUUUUGAUCGUGGGAGAUCAAGAGUUCAGAAGUCUGAUUGCUUGGGGGAAGAAGCUAUCAUGGAGUCGGCUGGUGCGGGUCCUGAUGCUGCGAUACCGCCUACCUGAUGGUAGCAGUGAGAACAGCCCAUGGCUCGGGUGGCUGGAGUCUCUGAUGAUCCUCCGAGCUUUUUUCACACACCGCCUUGUAUAUAUUUCCUGGAGGGAGGGAAGCUCACCUCCGAUGAUGUGUUUGGCAGUUCGCACCACCCUUUGCAGUGCUUUGCGGUUGUGGGCAGUGCUAUUGCUGUACCAGGCGGAGAUACAGCCAGUCAGGAUGCUCUCCACAGUGCAGGUGUAGAACCGUGUGAGGAUGUGGCGGUUCAUUCCAAACUUCCUCAGCCGUCUCAGGAAGAAAAGGCGCUGAUGAGCCUUCUUCACAACGACUUCAGUGUGGACGGACCAUGUGAGUUCCUCAGUGAUGUGGACACCCAGGAACUUGAAGCUGCUGACUCUUUCCACUGGUGCUCCAUUGAUGGUGAUUGGACUGUGUUCUCUGUCUUUUCUCCUGAAGUCCACCACAAGCUCCUUUGUCUUACUGACGUUGAGGGAGAGGUUGUGCUCCUGACACCAGUGUGUCAGAGUGUGCACCUCCUCUCUGUAGGCUGUUUCAUCAUUGUCAGUGAUCAGACCUACCACCGUCGUGUCAUCAGCAAACUUAAUGAUGGCAUUGGAGUUAUGUGUUGCCACACAGUCAUGUGUGUACAGGGAAUACAGUAGUGGGCUGAGAACACAGCCCUGCGGGGCUCCAGUGUUGAGGGUCAGUGAUGAGGAGAUGUUGCUGCCUAUUCUAACCACCUGGCGUCUGCUUGACAGGAAGUCCAGGAUCCAGCUGCACAGCGAGCUGUUUAAGCCCAGAGCCCGGAGUUUCUCAUCUAGCUUGGAGGGCACUAUGGUGUUGAAUGCUGAGCUGUAGUCUACAAACAGCAUUCUCACAUAAGUGUUCUUUUUUUCCAGGUGGGAGAGAGCAGUGUGUAUUGUAGAUGCAAUGACAUCAUCAGUGGAGCGGUUGU